CCACAGGCUGACUCCUGACUAUGAGAGGCUGAAGAUCCAGUGUGUGCGGGCCAUGUCGGACCUGCAGAGCCUGCAGAAGGAGCACACCAAUGCCUUGAAGAGGUGCGAGGAGGUGGCCAAGGAGACUGACUUCUACCACACACUCCAUAGCCGGCUCCUGAGUGACCAGACUCAGCUGAAGGAUGACGUGGACAUGCUGAGACGGGAGAAUGGCCAGUUGCUGCGGGAGCGCAACCUGCUGCAGCAGUCGUGGGAGGACAUGAAGCGGCUCCGCGAGGAGGACCAGAAGGAGAUUGGUGACCUCCGCGCCCAGCAGCAGCAGGUCUUGAAGCACAACGGGUCAUCAGAGAUUCUCAACAAGCUGUAUGACACAGCCAUAGACAAGCUGGAGGUGGUCAAGAAGGACUACGACGCCCUACGGAAGAGGUACAGCGAGAAGGUUGCCAUGCACAGCUCAGACCUGAGCCGCCUGGAGCAGCUGGAGGAGGAGAACCAGCGCUUGCUGAAGCAGACGGAGAUGCUGACCCAGCAGAGGGACACAGCCAUCCAGCUGCAGCACCAAUGUGCCCUCUCCCUGAGGAAGUUUGAGGCCAUCCACCACGAGCUGAACAAGGCCACGGCCCAGAACAAGGACCUGCAGUGGGAGAUGGAGCUGCUGCAGUCGGAGCUGACGGAGCUGAGGACUAUGCAGGUGAAAACCGAGAAGGAGUCGGAGAAGUACAAAGAAGAGCGCGAUGCCGUGUACAGCGAGUACAAGCUCAUCAUGAGCGAGCGCGACCAGGUCAUCUCCGAGCUGGACAAGCUGCAGACCGAGGUGGAGCUGGCCGAGUCCAAGCUCAAGAGCAGCACGUGUGAGAAGAAGGCGGCCAGCGAGGGGGUGGAGGCGCUGCGGCAGAUCAAAGACAUGGUGACAGUGGAUGCUGGGAGAGCCAACAGGGAGGUUGAAAUCCUUCGAAAGCAGUGUAAGGCUCUGUGCCAGGAACUGAAGGAAGCCCUCCAGGAGGCGGAUGUGGCUAAGUGCCGGCGGGACUGGGCCUUCCAGGAGCGUGACAAGAUCGUGGCUGAGCGUGACAGCAUCCGGACCCUAUGUGACAAUCUGAGGCGGGAGCGGGACCGGGCCGUGAGUGAGCUGGCCGAGGCCCUGCGCAGCCUGGAUGACACCCGCAAGCAGAAGAACGACAUCAGCCGGGAGCUUAAGGAGCUCAAGGAGCAGAUGGAAUCCCAGUUGGAGAAGGAGGCCCGGUUCCGGCAGCUGAUGGCCCACAGCUCCCAUGACUCAGCCAUUGACACGGAUUCCAUGGAGUGGGAGACAGAAGUUGUAGAGUUCGAAAGGGAGACGGAGGAUAUUGACUUGAAGUCACUUGGGUUUGAUAUGGCAGAAGGUGUGAAUGAACCCUGUUUCCCUGGGGACUGCGGCAUAUUUGUCACUAAAGUGGACAAAGGAAGCAUUGCUGAUGGCCGCUUAAGGGUCAAUGACUGGCUGCUGAGAAUCAAUGACGUGGACCUCAUCAACAAGGACAAGAAGCAGGCUGUCAAGGCCCUCCUCAAUGGGGAGGGGGCCAUCAACAUGGUUGUGCGGCGCAGGAAGUCCCUGGGUGGGAAGGUGGUCACACCACUGCACAUCAACCUCAGCGGACAGAAGGACAGUGGCAUCAGUCUGGAGAAUGGAGUAUAUGCUGCCUCUGUGGUGCCUGGAAGCCCUGCCGCCAAAGAAGGGUCCCUUGCUGUGGGAGACAGGAUUGUCGCGAUCAAUGGCAUCGCAUUGGACAACAAGUCUCUGAAUGAAUGUGAGUCUCUGCUUCGGAGCUGCCAGGACUCCUUGACCCUGUCCCUCCUGAAGGUGUUCCCUCAGAGCUCCUCAUGGAGUGGCCAGAACAUCUUUGAGAAUGUCAAGGACUCUGAGAAAAUGUUGAGUUUUCGAGUCCAUGGUGCAGAGGUCCAGACUCAUCAUAAACGGAACGUGAUGCAGCAUAAUAAUUCCACGCAGACGGAGACCUUCUACGCUGACAGGCUGGAGGACAGGAAGGAGCUGGGCCCCCCAGGAGGAAGCAGCUCCUUUCUGCCCAAGCUGUUCCCAGGCGGACCCUUUCAGGUCUCCCCCCAGGCCUGUCCCAGCACCUCUGAGCGUAGCCUGAGCUCCUUCCGCUCAGAUGCCUCUGGGGAGCGUGGCUAUGGGCUUGUGGACGUGCGGAGCCGGCAGCCUCUGCUGCCCUUUGAAACUGAGGUGGGCCCCUGUGGGGUGGUGGAGCCCCCACUGGAGAAGGCGGACCCCGAGGAUUCCAACAGCGGUGGCACCUGGCCCAAGGCUGUGCUCAGCUCCACGGCAGGGCCUGAGAAGCUCUCCGUUUACAAGAAGCCAAGGCAAAGAAAGUCCAUCUUUGACCCUAACACUUUCAAACGCCCCCAGACCCCCCCCAAAAUUGACUACCUAUUUCCAGGCCCUGGGCCUGCUCACACCUCCCAGCCCUCCAAGAGAAUGGGGCCUCUGACACCCCCCAAGCCUCCCAGAAGGAGCGACUCCAUUAAGUUCCAGCAUAGGUUGGAAACCAGUUCCGAGUCAGAGGCCACUCUGGUGGGAAGCUCCCCAUCCACCAGCCCCCCGAGCGCUCUGCCCCCCGACAUGGACCCCGGGGAGCCCAUGCACGCAUCACCCCCUCGCAAGGCCAGGGUCCGCAUUGCUUCCAGCUACUACCCCGAAGGGGAUGGGGACUCCUACCUGCCAGCCAAGAAAUCCUGUGAUGAGGACCUCACCUCCCAGAAGGCAGAUGAGUUGGGGCAGAAGCGCCGCCGGCCAAAGUCUGCGCCUAGUUUCCGGCCCAGGCUGGCUCCAGUGGUGAUUCCUGCUCAGUUCCUGGAGGAAGAGAAGUUCAGGCCAGGCAGUGGAGAACUCUCCCCAGAACUCCAGGAAGGGUCCACUCACUCGCCAGGGCAUCCCAGCCGGCACACCAACCCCCCAUUGUACCCCAGCAGACCAUCUGUGGGGACCGUUCCCCGGAGUAUGACCCCCAGCACCACCAUGAGCUCUAUCCUGCGGAAUCCCAUCUACACUGUGCGCAGCCACAGGGUCGGUCCCUGCAGCUCUCCACCUGUACCCCGCGACAUUGGUGCCCAUGUUUUGCAUCCCAGUGCCCAGCACCAGGGACGCCUGAGCCUGGACCUGAGCCACAGGGCCCGCAGCGACUACUCUGAGAUGAGAACCUCCCACGGGUCCAACUCGCUGCCCUCCAGCGCCCGCCUCGGGUCUUCGAAUAACUUGCAGUUCAAGGCAGAACGCAUUAAAAUCCCAUCAACGCCCAGAUACCCCCGGUCUGUUGUGGGCUCUGACAGAGGUUCACUGUCACAUUCAGAAUGCAGCACUCCUCCACAGUCACCCCUGAACAUUGACACCCUGUCCUCCUGUCGCCAGUCUCAGACCGCAGCCUCUACAUUGCCCAGAAUUGCCGUCAACCCUGCAUCCCUUGGGGAGCGGCGAAAGGACAGGCCUUAUGUGGAGGAGCCACGCCAUGUGCAGGUGCAGAAGGGCUCGGAGCCGCUGGGCAUCUCCAUCGUGAGUGGAGAGAAGGGGGGUAUCUACGUCUCCAAGGUUACUGCAGGAAGCAUCGCUCACCAGGCUGGCCUGGAGUAUGGGGAUCAGUUACUUGAGUUCAAUGGCAUCAAUCUGCGGAGUGCCACGGAGCAGCAGGCACGGCUCAUCAUCGGGCAGCAGUGUGACACCAUCACCAUUCUGGCCCAAUACAACCCCCACAUGCGGCAGCUCAGCAGCCACUCCCGCUCCAGCUCCCACCUGGACCCUGCCGGUACCUAUUCCACACUCCAGGGCAGCGGUGCCACCACCCCAGAGCUUCCCUCUGUCAUCGACCCGCUGGUGGAGCAGGAGGAGGGCCCGGGGACCCCCCCUGCCAAGCAGAGCACCCCUAGCUCCAGGAUUGCAGGAGAUACUAGCAAGAGGACCCUGGAGCCACGCCUGGUCUUCAUCAAAAAGUCACCACUGGCACUUGGGGUGCACUUGUGUGGUGGAAACCUGCAUGGAGUAUUUGUGGCAGAGGUGGAGGAUGACAGUCCUGCCAAGAGUCCUGACAGCCUUGUGCCAGGGGACCUCAUCCUGGAGUAUGGCAGUGUGGACGUGCGGAACAAGACAUUGGAGGACGUCUACGUGGAGAUGCUGAAGCCCAAGGAUGGUGUCCGCCUGAAGGUGCAGUACCGCCCCGAGGAGUUCUCCAGGAUCAAGGGCCUGCCUGGCGACAGCUUCUACAUUAGGGCCCUGUACGACCGGCUGGCAGAGGUGGAGCAUGAGCUCAGCUUUAAGAAGGAUGAUAUUCUCUACGUGGAUGACACCUUGCCACAGGGUGCGUUUGGGUCCUGGAUGGUGUGGCAGCUGGACGAGAAUGCCCAGAAGAUGCAGCGCGGGCAGAUUCCCAGCAAAUACGUGAUGGACCAAGAAUUCUCCAGGAGGCUCAGCAUGUCUGAGGUCAAAGAUGACAGUAGUGCUGCGAAGACGCUGUCAGCAGCUGCACGCCGGUCCUUUUUUCGAAGGAAACAUAAGCACAAACGCAGUGGGUCCAAAGAUGGGAAAGACCUCCUUGCCUUGGACACCUUUUCCAAUGACUCCUUUCCACUCUUUGAAGACUCGGUGAGCCUGGCCUAUCAGCGGGUCCAGAAGGUGGACUGUACCUCUCUGAGGCCUGUCCUGAUUCUGGGGCCCUUACUGGACGUGGUGAAGGAGAUGCUGGUGAAUGAGGCACCUGGCAAGUUCUGCAGAUGCCCCCUUGAAGUGAUGAAGGCCUCCCAGCAGGCCAUUGAGCGCGGUGUCAAAGAUUGCCUGUUUGUGGACUACAAGCGGAGGAGUGGCCAUUUUGACGUGACCACAGUGGCAUCAAUAAAGGAGAUCACAGAAAAGAACCGGCACUGUCUCCUGGACGUCGCCCCCCAUGCCAUCGAGCGGCUGCACCAUGUGCACAUCUACCCCAUCGUCAUCUUCCUCCGUUACAAGAGCGCCAAACACGUCAAGGAGCAGAGAGACCCCAUCUACCUGAGGGACAAAGUGACUCAGAGGCAUUCCAAAGAGCAGUUUGAGACAGCUCAGAAGAUUGAGCAGGAGUACGGCAGGUACUUCACAGGGGUCGUCCAAGGAGGAGCCCUGUCAAGCAUCUGCACUCAGAUCCUGGCAGUGGUCAACCAAGAACAGAACAAAGUCCUUUGGGUUCCUGCCUGCCCACUCUAGGAGGACGCGGUGCUGUGCAGUGGCUACAGCUGCCCGGCCAGUGUGAGCACCUGGCUCAGCUCUUUCCCGGUGGCUUAGAACAGAGGUCUGUCUGUGGGCCAACAUGUAGGGGAAGGAUCCAAAGCCAGGACUUCAGAAGCACCUCCUUGGUAGACCGAGGACCACAGCCCACAGCAUCCAGGCCCAGCCAGCAGACUCUGGGCCUCUCACACGUGUGCUUUAAGACAAAACAAUACAGAAAACACAAAGACUUUGGCUAGAGUGGUUCAACACCCAGCUUUCUUUAGCCAGCCAAUCAGAGAUGCUGCAAAGAGAACCUUUCCGAUCACAAGUUUACAAGCCUUUUCUAAGUAUUUGGUGGUUUAUGUUUACUUGCUCGGCUCCAUGUGGUUGGGGCCUUAGCCCCUAACCGCUGUGUCAGCACCCCUGUUGCUAUGGUGUUGAUUUUGCUUCUGUCUUCAGCAAAAUGACCCUGGAACCUCAUCGUGGCUACUUUGCUUCGGUAGGUUCUUGUCAGUGGGACCAGAGCUUUGACACACUUCCUGCUCCUCGGUGGCACCUCUCCUGGAAGGACAUGGCGACAGCAGAUGCUUAGGCACCAGUGGUGGCAGAACCAGUGCCUGCGUGGGGCGACUUGCCAGCUGCAGUGUUUUCCUCCAGCACUGGGGAAGGCAGCUCUGGUGAUCUGACAAACUCAUCUCUCAGCCUUUCUCUGCUGCCUUCCGCAGCCUCUUGUUUCUUCGCCAUCUGCGUUUAUUAUUUAAGCACGAUGUCUGCUCUGCCAGAGCUCCAUGCAUGCACAGUGACACAGUUGGGUUCUGGGCAGAGUAUUCAGGUGGAACAGAUGUGUUAGGUUCUGUGAGUCAUGACAACCUUUAUCAGUGCGGUGUUGCAGGGUAAUUUUUAAACUUGAUAGAGCGUGUCAGGCACAUCACUGCUUUUUGAUAUGUACACGUUCAAGUUUCAGACUUUGAAUCGAGAACUUUUAGGGGAAUGUAAAGGUUGUCACUACAAAAAUCUAGUAAGAAAAACCAGAUCUUUUUAAUCCUGGUUACAGCAUUCACGGCAUGAACCUUACUUACUCCAUGAGGAUGUCAUCGUUCUGGGGCUAUUUUUUCAUUUUUUUCCUUUUGCACUUCUGAUGCUGGAUAUGUCUGGCUGAGGAUUUGAUGUGGUUCCUCCUAAACUGUGCGUCCUGUUCACAAUAGGUACUGUACCAGGCUCUGUGUAAGUGUCAUCAGGGUAGGACCUAUAUUUUAAUACUGUUCCUAACAUUUCAUUUUAUUAGCAAGAAAUCUUUGAUUUCAUUUUAUUCUUUGUAAUUCUAGACACUAGUUUGUAGUUUAGCCAUUACUGACAUUUUUUAAAAAGGGAUCUAUUUUCUUGCACAGUUGUUCAAAAAAGAGGCAAGUUUCAGUCCUCAGUGCUGUCCUUUGUUCUACAGGUACAAGUUUUCUAGCUGGGACAACUGAGAAACACCGUAGGCUCUUCUGGAGGUAUUACACACCAUCUGGGUGCGGGGCUGCUUUUCUAAGUCACAGACUGUUGGACUGUGGUGGUACGGUGGGCACAGGCAGGUACUGACCCCAUAGACGGGGACUUUCUGUACUAAAAUGUUACUUUGUACCCAAAGUUAAACAGACUUUAGUACAAUGAAUAAAGGUCAAUUUCAGUAA